AAUCGCACUCUCCCGGGCGGCCUCACCAAACUCUCUGCAUCUUCUUGCCUAGGAGUGCAGUACUUCAGCGACCAAUCGUGCAGCUGCUGCGAUACUACUCUCCUUGCCCACACUGCGUCGGCAUGGUGCACCGAUCUCCUGCUCCAGAAGCUACCACCGCCCUGUUCUUGGCCCUGCUACUUCUUCUCUUUCCCCGAACCAGCUCCACCACCACCACCACAGGCGGCGCUCCGAACACGGCGGCGCCAUGCGCGCCGGCGUGGUGCGGGGACUUGGCCAUCUCCUACCCGUUCUGGCUCGCAGGCACGCAUCCGCCCAAGUGCGGCUACGACCAAGGGUUCGAGGUUACCUGUGACAAAGCCAAGGCGUACCUCAAGAACUCGACCUGCACGUACCAGAUCCAGUCCAUCUUCUACGCCAUGAAUCUACUCAGAGUCGCCAUCGUCGGCCUCCUGUCGUUGGACGACGGCACUUGCAACGUCGACAAGUUCGUCAACGCCUCCUUCGUCCCCAGUCCGGCGUUCGAAAUCGAGCCCCAACAAAACCAGGAGCUGUUCUUCGUCUACGACUGCAACCUGCGAGCGCCGCAGCUGCCUCGGUCUUGGACGCCCUUGCGCUGUGGCAAUAAUGGCUCGUUCACAUGGCUUUCUGGGCAGUACAGGCCCGAAGACAGCUCCAUGGCGCUGCCGGGGAACUGCAACGUUGCGAUGAUACCGGUGGUGGCGUACGAGGGGGCGACCGCGGCAGAUUAUCAGCGGCUCGUGGAGGGAGGAUUUUUUCUUAGUUACUACCUCACGGACACUGAGGACCACUACUACUACGGCCAGUGCCAAGCUUGCUCGUACCGCGCCGGCCACGGCCAAUGCCGGACAAUUGUCAGCGACGACGGGUUCCAGUGCUACUGCUCUGACGGCGUCUACUCGACGACGGCCUGCGGAACCAAGAGGGCUAACUGGAAGACAACAAUUGUCCGACAACAGCAGCUGCAAGUUUGCUCGUUUUAUGUAUUUGCUUGUUGCUAUGGAAGAGCAAGGUGAAAAACCUUUGGUUUCUCCUUGCCAAAAAGACGAGCAGCAGCGCCAAUGACAGGAACACUGAGGCUUUAAUAGAGUCAUACGGAUCCCUAGCUCCAAAAAGA